AUGGCCAUCGAGGUCGUCAACCUCACCGAGGCGGAUAUUCCCGAAGCGAUCGAGGUGAUCCAGCACGCGUUUGCCGACGACCCAUAUUUCAAAUGGGUUUUCAAUCCAGCCAAGUUCAAUAAACAAAGGAAUUAUGGUUCUCUUGAAGCACGAUGCCGCUGGGGUAUCAACAACGCCAUCUUCCAGGUCGCCAAAGAGAGCGAUGGAGACGACUCCCCCUCUCGCGUGCUCGGUGUCUCAUGCUGGCUCCCGCCUCACCCCGCCGCAGAGCCUGAAAGCUGGUACAGCUGGGCGCAAAGCUGGUUGCUGUCUUUCUGGCAGUUCCUGAAUAAUAUGCGCCACAUGGGCCGGGGCGGGCUCAACACGCGCCGCUAUUGGAUCUGGAAGGAUCGUCAACGGGAGGCCCAGAGUCAGAUCUGGGAUGAUCCGCAAGGGUACUAUUUCUGUAACAUCGUGGCGGUCAGUCCGGAGGCUCAGGGAAAGGGGAUCGGGAAGAAAUUGUUUCAGGCUGUCACUGAUCGAGCGGACGAGGAAGGGGUGAAGUGUUAUCUGGAAAGCUCAAAAGAGGUGCCCAACGUGGAAAUCUAUCGGCGGAUGGGGUUCGAGAUGGCCAAGGCGAUGGAGUGCAGGGAUGGCGAUGAUGUGUGCAUGCUGUAUUGCAUGGUCCGAAAUCCAAAGUCCAAGCGUUAA